AUAUCAUUCUUUCUUGAGAGGAGAAGAUGGCUGACAAAGAGAAUAAAGUUGUAAAGAAAGACCACCACCCCCGUAACUACCAAUUGCCAGGGGGAGUAUGGCGCUUCUCUCGUUCUCGGAUGUACCACAAACGAGGCUUGUUUCGAAUUAAGAAGGAUAAAACUAAAAAAGAAAAACCUAAACGUAAACCAAGGACUGUGGUGAAACCUAUUGGUGGUGACAAAAAUGGUGGAAAGCGUCUUGUGAAACUAAAGAAGCAGAGGAAAUACUAUCCAACUGAAGAUGUGCCUAAAAUCAAGAAAUCUAGGAAAAUGGUUCCUUUCAAGAAUCAUAAACGCAACUUGCGAAAACGAAUCACUCCGGGUACUGUGCUGAUUGUUCUUGCAGGUCGUCACCGUGGCAAGAGGGUAGUGUUUCUGAAGCAGCUGGCUUCUGGCCUGUUACUGGUGACUGGUCCUUUCAAAGUGAACUCUUGCCCACUUCGCCGAAUCAACCAGAUUUAUGUCAUAGCUACUAGCACGAAACUGGAUAUCAGUGAAGUGAAGGUACCCGAGUACAUUGCUGACAAAUACUUUCGUCGUAAGCAUGCUAAGAAGCCCAAUAAGGAUGAUGGAGAAAUCUUUGAUACCAAGCCUGAAGAGUAUAGCGUAUCUGAGCAGAGAAAGCAGGACCAGAUAGAGGUGGAUAAACAGUUACUGGACGUGAUACGUAAGCAUCCUGAUAAAAAGACUAUGUUUGCAUACCUUGGUUCAAUGUUUUCUCUCCGAAACAAGAUGUACCCUCACAGGAUGAAAUUUUAAGAGGGCAAUGUGAAAAAUAAAAACUGUUUGCAAACCUU